CAAAAAGCCUAGGUAGUGGAAGUCAGUGAGACGGAGAGAAUGUAACCUCAACAAAUCAAACUUCAAAAUAAUUACGAAUCUGUACCUGUCUUCGCUUUGGUUGGGUGCGCUUCUUUUUAUCGUGUGUUGUAAUUUAUGAAUAUUUUUCGUUAAAUAGAAUAAUAUCCAUUUUAAAUAGUCCCUCAUGUAGUUUUUUUAAGUGCUACUUGUGAAAUCCUUCGGUGGAUACUAAUCAAUGCUGCUGUACACUGAAUAUGGCUGACGAAAGACUAGUGGUUCUGAAUCGUAGUGACAAUUUGGGAUUCGGAUUCUCUUUGCUUGGCGAAGCCGGUUUGCCACAUAUUAUAUACGAGAUCGAAGAAAAUUCCCCUGCGGCUCGGAGUGGUGAAGUCGAGGCGGGAGACGUUUUGCUCAAGGUUAAUGGGACUGAUGUAAACCGGUUCACUACCCGAGAAGUUCUAAAAUGCUUGCGACUAUCGUCAGAUCCCGUCACUUUAAGACUGAGAAAGGGGAGGUUGUUGGAUGUGCGUGAGAUAACAGCUGAUAGUCCGAUGUGUGCAGACCCACAGAUCAAAGCGAGUGUGAGGCGGUACCUGGCCGCGGCGGCCGAGCGUCGCUCUAGCGGCGCGGGCACACGCACCAAUCACGACAGCAGAUCGGCUUCUCCGCCAUCGAGCAACUCGAACAGCAACUCAUCUAGCAACUCAUCGAGCAACGGGUCGGGCGUGCAGUCCGGGGAUAGUUGUGAGGCGCUGGUGGGAGUGGAGGACAAGAGAAGGGGCCGAGUGACGCCCAAGUUCGAGGCCUACAUGAUGACUGGGGACCUCAUGCUCAACCUGUCGCGAGUAGAGCAUCCGCACCACAACCACCACGCGCCCACGCAUCGGACACACUACCACAGGUACAACUCGACGCCAGCGUCACCCAGUGAGAACCGAAUGUGUGGACGCGUGGAGCUCGCGCAGCGACACAACUCCUCGCCCGACACCGGCCUCGUUGGAGACCAUGCUAGCAAAAUGUUCAUAUCCCAGCCGGCGUCCCCGGCGGGCGGCGCGGGCGGCGCGGGCGCGGCCAGCGACGUGUGUGCGCGCGCGCACCACGCCGUGCGCACGUCGCGCUCCGAGGACCAUCUGCAGAGUCGAGUAUGUAAUGGUAAGUUCCAGAAGGAGUCGUCACUGAGUGCUGUGGCUGUGGAGAUGGAAGAGGACGUGACGUCAUCACUCAACACACUACUGGACGCGCGACCGGAUUCCGCCACUCCUGGACCACGGUCCGACUCCGAUCCUGAGCGGGACAGGAUCGUGUGGACGUACAACGCGCCGGUGUCGAGCGCCAUGGAGCGCGCGGCCUGCAACGGCUCGGGCCGCUCGGGCGCCACCUCCAACUCCACCUCCAUAUCCGACGGCAUGUCGCAACGUAUAGUUUAUAAUUAUGUAUUAUUUCUUCAGGUCAUCGUCGCCCGCGUCGCCGACGUCGGCGUCGUCGUCCGUGAUGUCGUCCCGCGCCACGCCUCCCCACCGACACCUCGUCUCACACCAUCACCAUCGACCCCUCAAUGGGGACAUGAGUCUAUCAGAAGCAGUGUCGAACAUAUCGAGCCCGGACUACCAGGACCAGGACGACAUGUUCGAGACGGGCGCGAGUGUCCACGGAUGGAACUCUCCGACCCGUCCGACUCCGACUCCACGAUACUAGUCUCCGAACCUUGCCACAAACGAGCCAAAUCCAACUCCUCCUACUCUAAUGAACACGGAAGUGACGUCACUCUCAAUGGAGACCACAACAACGACUACAGAAUAGUGAUACAAGUCAAAGGCCCCGACAAACAAAACGCGAAUGUCACAGAAAAUGUAAAUAACAAUAAUAAUAGUAAUUACACGCAGAAUGGUAAAGAAAACGGACAUAACUCGCCGGAGAACCAAGGAUAUCAGGAGCUGUGUAGUGGGUCUGACGUUGGGUCGGACGAGGGCUCGGACGGGGACUCGCUGCACUCGUUCCACUACAGCCCCAAGGCCGUCGACAUACCCUCCGCCGAACGACUCGCCAAGCGACUCUACCACCUCGAUGGUUUUAAGAAGUCUGAUGUUUCGAGGCAUUUAAGUAAAAAUAACGAGUUCUCCCGCGCGGUGGCGGAGGAGUACGUGCGUCACUUCGAGUUGUCGGGCGCCACCCUGGACGUGGCGCUGCGCACGUUCCUGGCUCGCUUCGCGCUGUCCGGGGAGACGCAGGAGAGGGAGCGCGUACUGGUACACUUCUCGCGCAGAUACCUCGAGUGCAACCCCGGCUCCUUCAACUCACAAGACGCGGUGCACACGCUGACGUGUGCCAUAAUGCUCCUGAACACGGACCUGCACGGCUGCGGCGGCGGCGGCACGUUCCGUCGCAUGUCCUGCGCGGACGAUGCGGAAGCUCCCCCAGCGGCGCAGGGCGCGGGCGGCGAGGUCCGUACAGGCGGCGCGGGGGCCAACCCCUUCCUGGACGUGCCCGACCAGAGCCGCGCCAUCGAGUACAAGAAGGGAUACGUUAUGCGCAAGUGCUGCGUCGACGCUAACGGGAAGAAAACUCCAUUCGGCCGUCGAGGUUGGAAAAUGUUCUACUGUACGCUUCGAGACUUGGUGCUAUAUCUUCAUAAAGACGAACACGGGUUCAGACGCAGUCAGAUGUCCGAUAACUUGCAUAAUGCUAUCAGAAUACAUCACGCACUGGCGACGAAAGCGACCGACUACACGAAAAAGCAGCACGUAUUUCGAUUGCAGACUGCUGAUCAGGCCGAAUACUUAUUUCAAACGAGCGAUUCGAAGGAGUUAUGUUCGUGGGUGGAGACGAUAAACUUCGUGUGCGCCGCGUACUCGGCCGCGCCACUGGCCGGCGCCCGCGAGCAGUUGGCAGAGCACGAGGAGCGCGCGGCGCGGCUCGAGGAGGAACUCGCCGCACUACGACACGCGCGGGACCACGCGCACUCCACGCACGCACCGCAUGCCAGGCUCAAGGAACACUACCUCGUGCACGAGAUAAAGAGGUACCGCACGUACGCGUACGUGAUGCGCGCGCGUGGCGGCGGCGCGGGCGCGGAGGAGGCGGCGCCGGCCGUGCCGGAGCGGCCGGAGCGCGCGGCGCCGGCCUGACGCGGCCUGGCGGCGCUGGCGGCGCUGGCCGCCGCCGUGCUGUGACCGCUGUGUGUCGCCGUGCCGCGCGACUAGUCCCGUCUUCCCUCCGCAGUGGCGCCGCCCCCGUACUGCGGGCCGUGCCCCUACUGCGCCUCCACUCUGUAGUUACUGUGCAGUGAACUGACUUAUUUUCAAAGUGGUCCCUCCGACCGGCCCGGCUCGAUGCGACUUCUAUCGUAAUAAUUCCGCUGGACGUCUACACGACGAAAU